AUGACAGGUUCAGCGCACCCUGCUUAUUCAUUAGCAGCUUUAUGUGCAGUAGGAGGUACGAUGGGGUUUAUUAAAACAAGAUCUAUACCAUCUUUGAUCGGAGGAAUUUUGAUCGGUUCGAUUUAUGGAAUAAGUGGUCAUAGAAUCCAAUCUGGUCAACGUUAUGGUCAUGAAAUUGCUACGGCUGCUUCUGUGAUCCUUUUGGCUUCUAGUGUGGGUAGGUUUAGAAAAGCUACGGUUCCUAAGAUUCUUACUGGUACUGGUUUACUUGGCACUGGUUAUUAUGGUAAACAAGUUAAUGAUUAUGGAUUCGGUUCAUGA